UGGACAUAUGUUUUAUCUUUUAAACUUCAUUGAAAAAACAAACUUUGGUGUAGUUAGUGGGCAGUGCUGAAGAAGAAGGGGACUAACAACAAGAGGACGUUACCAAGGCAGCGACGACGCGCAGGACGAGGAGACAGGGGAGUGCGUAAUAGCUGCGGGUAGAAGAGACAGAGAAACAGACCUCUCAGGUCCUUACUGUGGAUAUACCCACAUCUGACUUUAUGGAUUUACACUGUGGUGGACUUAGAGAAGCUUCUGCAUGAGCUUACAUGUAGCUUUGGGGACUUUUGAUGGACUUGCAUCAUCUGCUGACUUGUAAAUGAAGACCCUUUACGCGUCUGGACAGACCUCAACAGAACAAUGGAGAAAUAUGAAAAGCUGGCCAAAAUCGGUGAGGGGUCCUAUGGUGUGGUGUUUAAAUGCAGACACAGAGACACUGGGCAGAUAGUCGCCAUCAAGAAGUUUGUGGAGUCUGAAGAUGACCCUGUAAUCAAGAAGAUUGCAUUGAGAGAAAUACGCAUGCUGAAGCAGCUCAAACACGUGAAUCUGGUCAACCUGCUCGAGGUCUUCAGGAGGAAAAGACGGCUCCACCUUGUGUUUGAGUUCUGUGAACAGACGGUCCUCAAUGAGCUGGACCGACACCCUCGAGGGGUUCCAGAGGCGCAGCUGAAGAGCAUAGUGUGGCAGACUCUGCAGGCUGUGAACUUCUGCCACAAGCACCAUUGCAUCCACCGAGAUGUAAAGCCAGAAAACAUCCUCCUCACCAAAACCGGAGUCAUCAAGCUCUGCGACUUCGGCUUCGCCCGCAUCCUGACGGGACCGGAGGAUGACUACACAGAUUACGUGGCGACCCGCUGGUACCGGGCCCCUGAGCUGCUGGUGGGGGAUACUCAGUAUGGGCCUCCUGUGGAUGUGUGGGCUCUCGGCUGUGUCUUCGCUGAGCUGCUCCACGGGAAUCCACUCUGGCCUGGAAAGUCUGAUGUCGACCAGCUCUACCUCAUCCGUAAAACUUUAGGUGACCUGAUCCCUCGCCACCAGCAGGUGUUCCGCUCCAACGUCUUCUUCAGCGGAGUCAGUAUUCCUGAACCCGACACGACGGAGCCCUUAGAGAAACGCUUCCACGGAGUCUCUUCUCACGCCCUCCAGGUUAUGAAGUCAUGCCUGGUGAUGGACCCGUCUCUCCGGCUGUCCUGUGAGGAGCUGCUGGAGCUGCCGUAUUUCCAGGAGGAAGGAGGAGCAAACUGGGGCCGGGAGAGCGAGCGUCCCGGGAGACGACACGACAAAGUGUCUCGUCGCAGGCAGCCAGGGGCUCAGUACCUGCCUCAGUUACCAAACAGCAACAUCUCCCCUGCUCCAGACGUCAAGAAGCAGGUGAAACAUAAAUAUCACCUUCCCAACAUCUAGCAGAACACCCAACCAACCUUUGACAGGCGCAGUUGUGCUCCUGUAUGCUUUGUGGAGUUGUUUCAAUACAGUCGGCUUGAAGAUGCAUUCA